UUCCCCGUGAUAUAAAAGCCGCCAAAUACUUCAGUCGCAAAAACCCUUGUUGGCCACUCAUCGAGAGGGAGAGAGAGAGGAAGAAAAAUGGUGUCGUUGAAGCUCCAGAAGCGGCUCGCCGCCAGCGUCCUCAAGUGUGGACGUGGUAAGGUCUGGCUCGACCCUAAUGAGGUCAACGAAAUCUCAAUGGCCAACUCCAGGCAAAACAUCAGGAAAUUGGUGAAGGAUGGUUUCAUCAUCAGGAAGCCAACAAAGAUCCACUCUCGUUCUCGUGCUCGCAGAAUGAAGGAGGCCAAGAGAAAAGGACGUCACUCUGGAUAUGGUAAGCGCAGGGGUACCAGGGAGGCCAGGCUGCCCACAAAAAUCCUCUGGAUGAGGAGAAUGCGUGUUCUGAGGCGUUUGCUCCGUAAAUACAGGGAGUCAAAGAAGAUUGACAAGCACAUGUACCAUGAUAUGUACAUGAAGGUUAAAGGUAAUGUUUUUAAGAAUAAGCGUGUUCUCAUGGAGAGUAUCCACAAAUCCAAGGCUGAGAAGGCUAGAGAAAAAACUCUUUCUGACCAAUUUGAGGCCAAGCGUGCUAAGAACAAAGCAAGCAGGGAGAGAAAGAUGGCCAGGAGAGAGGAGCGUCUAGCACAGGGGCCUGGAGAGAAGGCAGCACCAGCUCCUCAGCCGGCUGAGGGAGCUAAGAAAGCCAAGAAAUGAAUGAUCAGUGAGGACAUUGUAGAGAAAACUGAAGAUCUAUAACCCAUAUAUGUUAAUGAUUUUGGUUUUCUGAGUAGGAAUUUGUUUCCUCGAGUUAUCUUGUUUUUUGUGUUAUGGCAAAUUUUUUAUUUAUGAAGCCCUGGAAUUUUGGGACCAUAUGAACUGUAGUUUCUUUUUGUUAUAUGUUGAAUGAUGAUGAAUGUUUUUGACA